ACACCGGGAUAUGCUAAUUGCUUGUGCUAACGUGUUGUGGAGAAAAUACAAUCACGUUCUUUGUGAAGCGUAUAUUUUUUUAAUGAGAUACGUGUUUGGGUUAACUUUUAAUUUAUGAGUAGUAAACAAAGAUUAUUUGUCAACAGUAACUGUAUCGUGGGUAAAUUUUAUCUGACUUGUUGUCAGAAUGAAUUUUAAAACGGUUUUCAGAAUACCGGAAUCAAUGAUCCAUCGACUGAGCGUUAUCGAUAUCAUAUCAAAAUUCGAAGGUGGAAGUUUAGAGGACAGUCAGUGUGGGCAGAAGGUGCCGCUUCAAGAACAGGAACGGCCAGACGCUGUCAAGACCCCAGACGCAGAGUCGAAGAAAUACAGAGAGCUGACUGACAAUGGGCCAGUAGGGGGCGCUAGCUGCCAAUGGAGAGGCCUGCAGUCCUUCAGGAAGCGGUCUUCCACCAAGAGGCUAAUUCAGAGGAUGGCUCCGCCCACUUUGCAGGAGGCACUCGUGGAGGAGGAAGAGGAGGAGGAAGAGCAGGAGAAGAAGGUGAGAAACGACGAGAAGCUUUAUAAGAUUGCCAACGAGCUGCUGGAGACGGAGAAGGCCUACGUCAGUCGACUGCACCUUUUGGACCAGGUCUUCUUCACCGAGCUCCUGCAGGAGGCGCGCUCCUCGGGCUCCUUCCCCGAGGACGUGGUGCGGCAGAUCUUCUCCAACAUCUCCUCCAUCCAUCAGUUCCACAGCCACUUCCUGCUGCCCGAGCUGCGGAGGCGCAUGGAUGAGUGGGGGCAGAACCCUCGCAUUGGAGAUGUGCUGCAGAAGGUGGCUCCUUUCUUGAAGAUGUAUGGCCAGUAUGUCAAGGCCUUUGACCGCGCCACUGAACUCAUCAACACCUGGAUGGAGAAGAGCCCUCGCUUUGAGGAGCUGGUGCUGGACAUCCAGAAGAGGGAGGAGAGCGGGAAUCUGACAUUGCAGCACCACAUGCUGGAGCCAGUGCAGCGGAUCCCACGCUAUGAAAUGCUGCUCAAAGACUACCUGAAAAAACUUCCGGAAGAUUCCCCAGACCGAGAGGGUGCAGAGAAAUCUUUGGCGAUCAUCUUUGAAGCCGCAAAGCACUCCAACGCGGCCAUUGCAGACAUGGAGCGGCUGGAGAAGCUCUGGGAGGUGUACUCCAUGCUGGGGCUGGAGGAGGAGAUGGUGGACCCCUCCAACCGGCUCCUGAGGGAGGGGCCGAUGGUCAAGAUCUCCUUCCGCCACAACACCCGCAAAGACAGCCACCUCUUCCUGUUCAGCAACAUGCUACUCUACUGUGUGCCCAGAUUCAGCCUGACAGGAGCAAAGUUCCUCAUCAAACACCGCCUGGACAUCGAUGGCAUGCAGGUGAAGGAGCUGAACGCUGCUGUGAUUCCGAACUGUUUCCUCCUUUCCGGGACGACCCGCACCCUGGAGUUUGAGGCCAGGUCUCAGGCUGACAUGGAGGCCUGGAUCAAGGCUUGUGAGGAUGCCAUUGAGCAAAACGAGAAGAAUUCUGAGAGCUUCAAGAGCGCCACCAACAACCAGAACCAGGAACUGCAGCCGGUCACUGUGCUGGAGAGCCAGGAGCUGGGGAUGCGCGCCCCCCAGUGGAUCCGGGACAGCCUGGUGUCCAUGUGCAUGCGCUGCGGGGACACCUUCAACGCCCUGAUCCGCCGGAGACACCACUGCCGCGCCUGCGGACACGUGGUGUGCUGGAAGUGCUCGGACUUUAAAGCCGCGCUGCAGUACGACGACAACAAGGUUAACCGCGUGUGCCGAGCGUGCUACAGCAUCCUGGCAGGGCAGACGGACAGACAGGGGAAGGAGGAGAGAAAGAGGGGGAUACUGGAGAAAGAGGCUGGCGAGGUGUCGGAGAGGAGCCUGAUGUGCAGUUUCCUGACCCUGGUGGACCGGCAGAGCAGAACCCGUGGCUGGUUUGUCAUCGCCAGAGACGAGCCGCUCAUACUGUACAUGUAUGCUGCUCCUCAGGAUGUAAAGGCUCAAAUCACCAUCCCCUUGCUGGGUUAUCAAGUGAAGCCGCACUCCUUAGGGGACAACAAGUGCGCCUUUCAACUCAGCCAAUCAAAGCAGGUCUUCACAUUCCUGGCCGAAUCAGAGGAGCUCCGAGACCGUUGGGCUGAGGUCAUCAAUCGGGUGGCCAAUGGGGAGGAGCCGGGUCUGUAGGUCUACUGAUACUCUUUUCACUGCUGAAACAAAUGUCUUGCCAAUUACUACUGUCAACAUGACUAACUCAAUGGUGUAAUUGUGUGUACCUUUUGCACAACUUCCAAUCUUGUUGUAAAGUUGUUUUUAAAAAAAUCAUUAUUGUAUAUAAAUAAUUUUGAAAAUAAAGAUUUAGUACCACAAGACUCAA